CGUUUUGUUGCUAUUGCCAUCAAGGACAGCCCACAGACCAUCGAUAUAAUCGAGUGGGCCAUUCGUCAAGCGCUGGUUCCGGGCCGUGACAAGGUGGUGCUCAUCAACGUACGGCCAGCAGUAAACGGGCUCAUUGGCGACCUUGUGUCAUCCAAUUCCGACAAGGAGGUCGCGGAGCGCGAGAAGAGCCAUGAGCUUCUCAAAAAGUAUGCGUCGAUAAUCAAGGCCGAAGGGUAUCCGAUCAAGGGAGUCUCGAUUCGCAGCGUUGACAUCCGCGGCGAGCUGGUGCGCAAGCUGAUGGAGCUGAAGUGCGACGUGCUGAUCAUGGGAAGAAACGCGUCAAAGUCCAUGAAGGGGCGCUUUAUCGGGUGCAAGGUCAACUACUUGAUUGAGAAUUCGCCUUGCCCAGUCACGGUG